AUGCUGUCGCUCAUGAUGGUAGAUUUUAGCGUAUACAAGCGGGGGGUUCUACUUCUGUUUUUACUAAGUCAAACGAGUCAUGGCUACAGCGAGGAUGAGCAUACCCUUCGGUAUACUCAUGACAAUUUUUCCAUGGAAGUUGGCAAGAGAAAUUACUUCGUCAUGUUCUAUGCGCCAUGGUGUGGUCAUUGUCAAAGACUUGGCCCUACGUGGGAGCAGUUGGCAGAGAUCUUAAAUGAGGAGGACAGUAACAUAAAAAUUGUCAAGGUGGAUUGUACAACCGAGAGUGUUUUGUGCAGCGAGCAAGAUGUUACUGGCUACCCCACGUUGAAGUUUUACAAGACUGGGGAAACUAAAGGCAUCAAGUUCCGAGGCACUCGUGAUUUACCUACAUUGACUUCUUUUAUUAAUGAUCAGUUAGGUAGUUCAAUGGUUGAAGAUGUCAUGCCCACUCCUCCGGAAGCAGUGAAUGGAUUACAAGAAUUAACGAAAGAUACGUUUGAGAAACACGUAUCUUUUGGGCAUCAUUUUGUCAAGUUUUACGCACCUUGGUGUGGACACUGUCAGAAAUUAGCUCCAAUUUGGGAUGAAUUAGCCAACAGUCUUCGCAACGACGAUGCAGUCAGUAUUUCUAAAAUAGAUUGUACACAGCAUCUUAGUAUCUGCGGCCAGUUUGACAUCAAGGGAUAUCCUACAUUGCUAUGGAUUGAAAACGGAAAAAAGAUGAAUAAAUAUACUGGUCAGCGUACUCACGAAGAGUUGAAAACUUAUGUAACAAUGAUGUUGGGUAAGAAUGCAGAAAACGAGUCAAACCAGAAGCUUGAAAAUACAGACGGAAUCCCGAGUGCUAUGUUGAGUUUGACGGCGGAUAGUUUUAAGCAAGGUAUCGAAAAGGGCCUUUCAUUCGUCAAGUUCUUCGCACCCUGGUGUGGACAUUGUAAACGUCUGGCUCCCACGUGGGAAGAACUGGGUAAGAAGUUCUUCGGCAACGACAAUGUGAACAUUAUCAAAGUCGAUUGUACACUCGAUGUAAGCAAACAAUUGUGCAAUGAACAGGAGGUGGAUGGUUUUCCAACGUUGUAUUUAUAUCAUAAUGGACGCAAGGUUUCGGAAUACAAUGGCUCGCGUAAUCUCGACGAUCUGUACGACUUCAUAAUGAAUCACAUGAAAACGCACGACGAAUUGUAAAUUUGUUUGUCAUUGAAACGCCGAGAUAGAUGCGUGUAUGUGUGUGUUUCGUAAUGUAUUCCCAGUAAUACUUUUAAUAAUUGAAUUAAUUUAAAAGGCAUAAUGGUUUGAUUUUUUAUCGCCAAAUGAAAAAAAGCGGGAAUUUUUUCAUUUUUAUAUUUUAUACAUC